UAAUGUGCUGGUCGAAAAGACAGCUCUCCAUAUACCCUACACCCAUACCCGAACUCAUUCUACUCGACACCCCGUCAGCAUGAGAGAAGCGAAUCGGAAUGGUGCGGCGGGAGAUCACGGGUUAUUAUACCGGCGUCCACUCCAACGCGCAAGGCAUUAUAGACCGGUGGAUCUCUGUUGAAGAGAAGGUGGAAACUCGCAUAAAAUCCUUCCGUGAUCCUACAGAGCCCUUAAAUCCCGAACUGCUCUAUACCGGAAUUUUCGCCCUAAUGACGUGUGUCCUCACUCGCUCGCGCGGACUCCCUACACGUAUCCUUCUCCCUCCUGCAGCCCUAAUCAGCGCAUUCGCAUAUUUCCUUCCCGGUACCGCUUCUCGGGUCGGUGCGUAUGGCAGGGAGCUCGAAGAUCGGUAUGUUCCUCGCUUUGGAGAAAUUAGAAGAACCUCUAUUGCACACAGCGGCAUAGCCUGGGAGCGCGUAGGGUAUAGCACGGGUAUGGGCCACACCGCGGGUAUGGGGGUCACGGGUAUGGCGGGUACGGGUACGGUGUCGAGAUGUGGUACCCGUGGUCAUACCGUACCCGUUAGCACGGUAUACGGGUAUGUUUACGGGUGUCUCCGAUAGAACCGAGAGUGGAAAGGACGGGACGGCCGAAGAACAGGCACAAGGGGAGAUGCGCAUCCAAAACGGGCACGUCCAUUUUAUCUUAUAUCACAGUACCUGACACACGCACCUUAUAAUCUAGGUAUAGAAUUUGUUAGUAGAGAGUCUUCAAUGC